AUGUCGGCCAACUACUGGGCGUCGACUCAAUGUAACAACUGGCUGAUCGAUAGAGCCCAGCUCGAGCUGGCGCGCCACGAGGAUCGAGAGUAUGCCAGCGAGACAGAGUGUGCCGCCAUCGCCAUCUUUUUCGCCAACCUCAUAGCGAUCGUGUGCAAACGCCUCAACCUGCGCCAGCGCGUGGUGGCGAGCGCAUGCGUCUUCUUCUCGCGCUUCUUCUGCAAGAACAGCUACAGCGCGGUGGAGCCGUUCCUUGUGUGCGCCACGUGCGUCUAUGUCGCCGCCAAGGUGGAAGAGUCGCCCAUCCACAUCAAGUCCGCCGUGGCCGAGGCGGCACGCAGCUUCCAAGAGGUGGGCUUCCGCGCCAUGCCGACGGACAACUCGAGUCUGGCCGAGAUGGAGUUCUACCUGCUGGAAGAGAUGGAGUUCGACAUGAUCCUUUUUCAUCCCUACCGCUCGCUACUCGCGCUCUACGACGCACAUGGAUCCGACACCAACGCCGCGGCAGCCGGGCUGGGCAUCGAGGCAGAGGCAUUUGGUGUGCGUGGGUUGGAAGCCAUCGAGACGACAUCAGAGGCAAGGCUGGCCGAGUUGGACCAACACGUGCUCCAGAUGAGCUGGCUCGUGCUCAACGAUGCAUACAGGAGCAACAUCCCGUUGCUCUAUCCGCCCUACAUGAUCGCGCUCGCCGCAGUGUGGAUCGCCCUCACGCUGCAUACACCCGCAUACGAACGAAUCAACGCCACGCUCGAGUCCAUGCAGCACCACCGAAAACACCAGCAGGCUGCGCUGGAUGCCAUCGUGACAGACGCCGCCAAGACACCAGCCGAUGUGGCCAAGAUGGAGCAAAUCGUGCCUCCGAGCGGCGAGGCGCUCACCUUCUUUGCCAGCCUCAACGUCUCGCUCCCGCUGCUCGCCGAGGUGGUGCAGAGCCUGCUCGAGGCGUACCAGCGCCAAUCGCACGCCGCCAAACUCGUCGCCGAUGGUCCGGGCAUGGUCAAGCUGCUCGAACGCAUGCGCCACGCACGCCGAACCGCACUCGUCACCGCCAACGCACACCGGCGCUAG